UGGACAGUGGCCUCUCGAAAAAUCCAACACUUUCAUCUCUCCCGUGUCCUCACUCCGCCAUACCACACCACACCACACAAACACCCAAACACACCCUUGGAAGCCCAGAGAGGAGUGAUGCAAGAGAGGGAUGGGAGUUUCUUGAAAGGGCAGUUGCCUCCUCAUUUGCAGAUGAUUUCUCUGUUUUCCCAACAGCCCUUUCAUCUUCUUUCUCGCAAAGAAAGAAACAGCAAUAACCUAACCCCAGUUCUAACUGCAGAAGUGUGCAGCGGCUGUGAUGAUAUGGUUUUCUGUGUUUCUUCUCUCUGGGCCUACUAAUUUUGAGGGAUUUGGAGGACACGGCCCGUAUCUUGGCGGGGCAACCCGGAAAUGGAACUGGUUGUUGCAGCCAUGGCGGUUUCGCUUCCCAUUUCCCUCUAGAAACACAGACCUGAGCCUCUAAAAAGUAAAAUGGAAUUUUCUUUAAAAUUCCAUUUCACAAAAAGCAAAGUUCUAUAAAAAGUCAGGACUGUUCUUUCAUCAUUAUAUGAUUUUGUCCAAUUUUUAUAGAUCUGAGUAUUAUAUGAUAAGACUCCACACCAAGGAUUGAACCCGGGACCUCUCAGUUACAAUUUUUUUUAUGAUACAUUUGAAAGGAUCCUAUCAGUUACAAUGCCAACUCUUUUUGAAUGGACUAAGGCUUGGAUGUUAUGUUGUUGUUGCAUUCUUUAAAGGAUAAUGGGAUUUCAUUUUAUUGGGCUUGAUAUUAUCCUCUUCAUAUAUUCAUAAGCACUCAAUUCAUAGUUUGUGCAACUGUAAUACCGUGUGAGCAUGUAAUCAAGAGCAUAUCUUAUGCUCUUAUGAGAUGCCUUGUGCUGGUACAAGGGACAGUGAAGAUAUGUAGCACUACCCAUUUAUUUUUGGAGAAUUGAUUGAGCAUGGAUAAUAUAUGACGCGUAUCUUGGCGUGGCAAUACUCAAUCUCAUGAGCAUUUGAUAUUUGCAGCCAUGGCGUGUCAUAUUGAUUUUCUUCAUGCUAAUCCUAGUAUGUUUUUACUUGGACUGUAAUUUACUGGUAUGGUCUGAACUGAUCCGUUUAAGUCAGUGUCCUCACCCCACCACACCACCCCACACCACACAAACUCCCAAACACAUCCUUAGAAGCCCAGAGAGGAAUGAUGCAGGAGAGGGAUGGGAGUUUCUUGAAAGGGCAGUUGCCUCCUCAUUUGCAGAUGAUUUCUCUGUUUUCCCUGCCAAACAGCCUUUUCAUCUUCUUUCUCGCAAGAAAGAAACUGCAAUAACCUAUCCCCAGUUGUAAUUGAAGGUUAUUGUUGCUGUUAUUAUAAUUAUUAUUAUCAGUUAUCAUCAUUAUCAUUACCCCAGUGCCACAAAGGCUCCCAUCUACAGUGGGGUAAGGGGGUCGGAUAUACGCAGUCUUACCUCUGUACUAAAGCACAGCGAGACUAAAUGUUAGAGAGCAGGAGACAGUUGGGCCGAUGGCCCAGGAGGGUCCAAUACUUCAGGAGGAUGGGCCUCGCCCAUUAUUGGUUUACCGUCGCCGCCAGCGGGCCUAGAUGGGCUGGAUUAACUGCUGGGUUUUAUUAGUUUAUUUUAUUCAAUUGUUAUUUCUAUUAAACUGUUGGGCCAUAUUUUAUUAUUAGCUUGUUGGGCCUAGAUGGCCAUAAUUUAUUACUAGGUUAAGGAGUAUUUAAGGAGGUCUUGUGAACUAUUUUUCAUUAUCGAGAAUAAAGAUUUGGUUUGAGCCUAAGGCUGGGCAGUCGUUAACACCGUCUGCUAGGGUUUCUUUUUCUGCUUCUAUCAAUUUGGUCCGACCUGCCGGAUCCCCAUCCACCAUCCUACUACUCACCAUGACUCGCUCUCCCAUUGAGCAACGCAUUGAUGCGAUGGAGGCAGAACAGCGAGACAUUAGGGCAGAAGUGCACUCCACAAACGCCAAGUUAGAUGCUAUCACCACCAUAUUGGACAAACUGACACAGAAGGUUAUGGCUACCGACGAACCGCCGAUUAAUCCCAAUUUAGGAGUGGGAAGCACGGCUGGCACAGUGGGCGAAACACAAACACCACAAAACCCAGGGGCUGUGAUCGCACCACUAGCGCUACCAGGUUUUGAGGGGGCAGAUCCGAUUGGGUGGCUCGCCCGGGCUAACCAACAGUUCGAAAUCCACCACACCCGACCCGAGUUGAAGGUAGCGACUGCCAUGGUAGCCAUGGAGGGACCGGCUUUGUACUGGUUCUCAUGGACACGAUCACGGAGACCGGACAUAACCUGGGAGGAGUUUUCACAAGCCCUUGUAGCCCGUUUUGAUACGCGAUUCAAAGGGAGCACAUUCGAACGGUUGGCCGAUGUUAAGCAGACAGGGUCCGUGGAAGAUUAUGUGAAUGUAUUCGUGCAACUAGCCAGUCAGGUCCCAGGUUUAAGUGAUGCCCACUACUUGGGGUACUUUAUGAAAGGGCUACGAGACACCAUUCGCAGUUCCUUACGGCUCCUACGGCCGGCUGAUUUGGAGGUUGCUAUGGAGUUGGCCAAGGAUAUCGAAGACAACUUAGCCGUACAGUCCGGAGGGAGAAUGGAACGGGGUUACAACAAUCAGCAGUACCGUUCCAGUAAUUACACCAAAGUUGGCGGGUUUUCUUCCUCGCCAAUUACUGGAACCCAAGGGGCAGCAGGAGGCACAGCUUCCUUGCAAUCUUCAGCCCGUGCAUCGGGGACCGGGUCAACCAUGACUGGUCAGUCAGUGAAUCGCUCUCGGUUCACACGCCUCUCACCGCAGGAAUUGGCAGACCUACGUGCAAAAGGACUUUGCUUUCGAUGCAAGAAGCCUUAUACCCCUGGGCAUGAAUGUCCCUUAAAACAGUUAAGAGUAAUGGUGGCGGAGGAAGAUGAGGAACUUGACCUCAACCAAACUGAAUCAUUUAUUCCAUCUGAAGAGGUUGAGCAGCUAGGGGAACAGGAGGAGCAACAGGCAGCGGCCAUGGACUUACCCGUAUAUUCAAUGGCGGGAAUUUCUAGUCCUCGUACUAUGCGAUUCAGAGGCGUGAUUGAGGGGUUCACAGUGACCAUCUUGGUGGAUAGUGGCGCAAGUCACAACUUUAUUUCAGCAGCCCUUAUACCACGACUCAAAUUAAAGACAGAAAAGACGGGGAAGUUUGGUGUACAAUUAGGAGACGGUCGACGCCAAGAAUCAGAAGGGAUUUGCAAGAGGGUGUCGAUCUCGCUACCAGGGUGCAAAGUACAGACAGAUUGUUACGUGUUUCCAUUAGGAGGAGUGGAUGUGAUACUGGGAGUAGCAUGGCUUGCAACCUUGGGAGAGGUCCGGACCAAUUGGGAAACAAUGACUAUGUCAUUUGAUUGGCAGGGCAGCCCGGUAAGAUUGAAAGGAGAUCCAGCACUAUGUCGGAAACAGGUGGGAUUGCAGGCUCUGCUUCGGACGAGGGAUGUGGAAUUUUGGGCCAUUGUAAUGGAAAAAGAGCCUACUACGUUGUUGGGGCCAAACAAAGAGCAAGUGGCUGAUGUCUUGCAGGAAUUUGAGGAAGUAUUUGGGGAGCCACAUGACCUUCCCCCGCGACGAUCUACAGACCACCAAAUUGAGUUAGUCCCGGGAGCGGGCCCGGUAUCUGUCCGACCGUAUAGGUAUGGACAUAGCCAGAAGGAUGAAAUUGAAAAUCUUGUGUCAGAAAUGUUGAUGGCAGGCAUCAUCAGGCCAAGUUCCAGCCCGUUCUCAAGCCCAGUUCUCCUGGUUAAAAAGAAAGAUGGUAGUUGGCGAUUCUGUGUGGACUAUCGGGAAUUGAAUAAAGUGACUGUUCCAGAUAAGUAUCCGAUUCCAGUGAUACAAGAGAUGUUAGAUGAGUUAUCUGGAGCCGUAAUUUUUUCAAAAAUUGACCUUCGAGCUGGAUAUCAUCAAAUACGGGUGGCUGAACCGGAUAUUUCUAAAACUGCCUUUCGCACUCAUAGUGGCCAUUACGAGUUUCUCGUGAUGCCGUUUGGGCUAAUGAAUGCGCCAGCCACCUUCCAGUCGACAAUGAAUGAUCUUUUUAGGCCGUUCUUGCGGAGAUUUGUCAUGGUAUUCUUCGACGAUAUCCUGAUCUAUAGUCAGACAGUAGCCGAGCAUCGUGAACAUUUGACACAAGUGCUGCAUAUUUUACAUCAGAAUAAAUUCAAGGCCAAUAGAAAGAAGUGUGUCUUCGGGGGGUCCAAGGUCGAGUACCUUGGCCACAUCAUUUCAGCGGCAGGUGUGGAGAUGGACCCUGCAAAGGUCCGUGCAGUAGUCGAGUGGCCCCAACCGCGUUCUGUCCGGGAGGUGCGCGGGUUUCUGGGGUUGGCGGGCUAUUACCGUCGUUUUGUCAAAAAUUAUGGACUCAUAGCGCGGCCUUUGACGACCUUAUUGAAGAAAGAUGCAGCAGCGGUAUUUGAAUGGAAUAAGGAGGCAGCAGCCGCUUUCACUCGUUUGAAGAGCGCGUUGACUGAAGCGCCGGUUUUGGCCAUGCCAGAUUUCAAGAGCCACUUUGUGAUUGAGUGCGAUGCAUCCGGUACUGGGAUAGGGGCAGUAUUGAUGCAAGACGGCCGACCACUUGCUUAUUUCAGUAAAUCAUUGGCUGAUCGCACUCUUACUAAAUCAGCCUAUGAACGUGAAUUAAUGGGACUGGUUUUGGCUAUACAGCAUUGGAGGCCAUAUCUCGUGGGUCGUCGUUUUACGGUCCGCACUGAUCACCACAGCCUCAAACAUCUUCUCACGCAGAAAAUUGUAACUCCCUCGCAGCAGAAUUGGGUGGCCAAAUUACUGGGGUAUGAUUUCCAAAUUGAGUACAAACCGGGAGUCUCCAAUUCAGCGGCUGAUGCCCUAUCUAGAAGGGCUGAUGACGGGGUGUUGACAGCACUCAGUGUGCCGGAUUGGGCAGGGAUGCAGGAGGUGUUGGAAGAACAAGAACGUGAUGAGUUUAUUCAAGGCAUUGUGACUGCCUUAAGACCGAUCCAGGCAGCCGAGAGGGGUUCGAAAUCAUAGAUGGCAAGCUGUUUUUUAAAGGAAGGUUGGUGUUGGCAGCCACUUCCGAGUGGAUUCCAAAGCUGUUACACGAAUUUCAUGACACACCGGAAGGGGGGCAUGCAGGGGCUCUCAGGACAUAUAGACGAUUGGCGAGCGGUGUGUACUGGAAAGGCAUGUUCCGUCAGGUGCAGGAAUAUGUGGCCAAAUGUUUGAUCUGCCAGAAAUCAAAAUACGAAACUAUGUCACCCGCAGGACUCUUACAACCACUACCAAUUCCAGAUUUAGUUUGGGAGGAUGUGGCCAUGGAUUUUAUCACUUGUUUGCCUAAAUCUCAGGGAUAUACAUGUGUUAUGGUGGUGGUGGAUAGGCUGUCCAAGUAUGGACAUUUCAUUGCAUUAAAACCGCCAAUCACAGCUCGAUCUGUGGCUGAUAUUUUCGUACGGGAGAUCGUUCGGUUGCAUGGUAUGCCGGGAUCCAUAGUCAGUGAUAGAGACCCGCUAUUCAUCAGUACCUUUUGGAAAGAAUUGUUCCAGCAGUCAGGUACCCACUUGAAGUACAGUUCUGCAUACCACCCCGAAACGGAUGGCCAAACGGAAGUGUUAAACCGUAUUUUGGAGACAUAUCUUCGUUGUUUCACAUGUGACCAGCCUAAGAAGUGGCUUCGUUGGUUACCUUGGGCAGAGUAUUGGUACAAUACUGCGUACCAAACGGCUGCCGGGAUGACUCCUUUUGAAGUGGUGUAUGGAAGGCCGCCUCCAUCCUUACGGAGGUUCUUACCAGGUGAGUGUCGGGUGGCAGCCGUGGCAGAAGUUCUGGGGGGACGGGAUGAGCUGUUGCGUCGCUUGAAGGGUAAUCUAGAGAAGUCACAACAGCAAAUGAUUAAGCAGGCAAACAAGCGCCGACGGGAAGUAAUAUUUGAAGUCGGGGACCGUGUCUUCUUGAAAGUUCGACCUUAUCGGCAAAAUUCUAUAGCAAAGCAAGCUCAUCACAAGCUAUCUGCCAAGUUCUAUGGUCCAUUUGUGGUCGAAGGACGUGUGGGUCCAGCCGCAUACCGACUGUCUCUCCCGGCCUCUAGCAGGAUCCACCCUGUUUUUCAUGUGUCGCAGUUACGCCGGGUGGUCGGGGAUCAUCCCCUUGAAACAGAGUUGCCAGAGAGCUUGGAAGUACCUAUUGGACCGGUGUUCGAGCCUGCGACUGUUCUGGCUUCGCGGACUGUGCAGGAGAAAGGGAAAGGUGUGCAGCAGGUGUUGGUGCAGUGGGUUGGUCAGUCAGAAGAUGAUGCUACGUGGAUUGGGGUGCAGCAGUUCCAACAGCAGUUCCCUGACUUCAACCUUGGGGACAAGGUUGUUUUAGAGGGGGAGGAAAUUGUUAGAGAGCAGGAGACAGUUGGGCCGAUGGCCCAGGAGGGUCCAAUACUUCAGGAGGAUGGGCCUCGCCCAUUAUUGGUUUACCGUUGCCGCCAGCGGGCCUAGAUGGGCUGGAUAGGAUUAACUGCUGGGUUUUAUUAGUUUAUUUUAUUCAAUUGUUAUUUCUAUUAAACUGUUGGGCCAUAUUUUAUUAUUAGCUUGUUGGGCCUAGAUGGCCAUAAUUUAUUACUAGGUUAAGGAGUAUUUAAGGAGGUCUUGUGAACUAUUUUUCAUUAUCGAGAAUAAAGAUUUGGUUUGAGCCUAAGGCUGGGCAGUCGUUAACACCGUCUGCUAGGGUUUCUUUUUCUGCUUCUAUCACUAAAGCACAACGAGACUGUUUCCGGAUGAUCCACAGUGAAAAUCGCGUCCAAAAUGCAUGGACUAACUGCAUCUUCAUAACAAAGAAGCACAAACAGUUUAAUGAGCCAUUUUGCUUUAUCUAUCAUUUUUUCAAGCCAAAAAAUAGUUAGUCUUUGGCUCCAUUGCAAAUGAUGGAAAAUGUUGUUAUUAUUAUCAGUACUCCGUAUUAAUUAAUUACAGUCCCGCUUAUUCUUAGAACUGUGGAAUGGCUAUGAUGAUAUGGUUUUCGGUGUUUCUUCUCUCUGGGCCUACUAAUUUUGAGGGAUUUGGAGGACACGGCCCGUAUCUUGGCGGGGCAACCCGGAAAUGGAUCCGGUUGUUGCAGCCAUGGCGGUUCCGCUUCCCAUUUCCCUCUAGAAACACAGACCUGAGCCUCUAAAAAGUAAAAAGGAAUUUUCUCUAAAAUUCCAUUUCACGAAAAGCAAAGUUCUAGUAAAAGUCAGGACUUAUCUUUCAUCAUUAUAUGAUUUUGUCCAAUUUUUUAUAGAUCUGAGUAUUAUAUGAUAAGACUCCACACCAAGGAUUGAACCCUGGACCUCUCAGUUACCAUUUUUUUAUAAUACAUCCGAAAGGAUCCUAUCAGUUACAAUGCCAACUCUUUUUGGACUAAGGUUUGGAUGUUAUGUUGUUGUUGCAUUCUUUAAAGGAUAAUGGGAUUUCAUUUUAUUGGGCUUGAGAUUAUCCUCUUCAUAUAUGAUAUAUUAUAAGCACUCAAUUCAUAGUUUGUGCAGCUGUAAUACAGUGUGAGCAUGUAAUCAAGAGCAUAUCUUAUGCUCUUAUGAGAUGCCUCGUGCUGGUAUAAGGGACACCCGUAUCUUGGUGUGUCAAUACUCAAUCUCAUGAGCAUUUGAUAUUUGCAGCCAUGGCGUGGCAUAUUGAUUUUCUUCAUGCUAAUCUUAGUAUGUGUUUACUUGGACUGAAAUUUACUGGUCUGGUCUGAACUGAUCUGUUUAAGUCAGUGUCCUCACCACACAAACUCCCAAACACAUCUUUACAAGCCCAGAGAGGAGUGAUGCAGGAGAGGGAUGAGAGUUUCUUAUAAGGGCAGUUGCCUCCUCAUUUGCAGAUGAUUUCUCUGUUUUCCCUGUCGAACAGCCCUUUCAUCUUCUUUCUCGCAAGAAAGAAACAACAAUAACCUAACCCCAGUUGUAACUGAAGGUUAUUGUUGCUGUUAUUAUUAUUAUCAGUACUCCGUAUUAAUUAAUUAUUACAGUAGUACACUAGUACGUAUCUUAUUUGACCCUUUCCCUUCAUCCUGCUGAUUCUUAGAACUGUGGAGCGGCUGUGAUGAUAUGGUUUUCUGUGUUUCUCCUCUCUGGGCCUACUAAUUUUGAGGGAGUUGGAGAACACGGCCUGUAUCUUGGCGGGGCAACCCGGAAAUGGAACCGGUUGUUGCAGCCAUGGCGGUUCCGCUUCCCAUUUCCCUCUAGAAACACAGACCUGAGCCUCUAAAAAGUAAAAAGGAAUUUUCUUUAAAAUUCCAUUUCACAAAAAGCAAAGUUCUAUAAAAAGUCAGGAGUUAUCUUUCAUCAUUAUAUGAUAUGAUUUUGUCCAAUUUUUGUAGAUCUGAGUAUUAUAUGAUAAGACUCCACACCAAGGAUUGAACCCUGUGACCUCUCAGUUACAAUUUAUACAUCUGAAAGGAUCCUAUCAGUUACAAUGCAAACUCUUUUUGGACUACGGCUUGGAUGUUAUGUUGUCGCAUUCUUUACAAAAUAAGGGGAUUUCAUUUUAUUGGGCUUGAGAUUAUCCUCUUCAUAUAUUCAUAAGCACUCAAUUCAUAGUUUGUGCAGCUGUAAUACCGUGUGAGCACGCAAUCAAGAGCAUAUCUUAUGCUUUUAUGAGAUGCCUUGUGCUGGUAUAAGGGGCAGUUAUGAUAUUUAGAACUACCCAGAGAAUUGAUUGGGCAUGGAUAAUAUAUGACCCGUAUCUUGGUGUGGCAAUACUCAAUCUCAAAGAGGAGUGAUGCAGGAGAGGAAUGGGAGUUUCUUGAAAAGGCAGUUGCUUCCUCAUUUGCAGACGAUUUCUCUGUUUUCCCUACCGAACAGCCCUUAAUUCCAUCUUCUUUCUCGCAAGAAAGAAACUGCUAUAACCUAACACCAGUUGUGACUGAAGGUUAUUUCUGCUGUUAUUAUCAUCAGAACUCCGUAUUAAUUAAUUACAGUACUACGUAUUUUAUUUGACCUUUUCCCUUCGUCCUACUUAUUCUUAGAACUGUGAAGUGGCUGUGAUGAUGACUUUCUGUGUUUCCUCUCUCUGGGCCUACUAAUUUUGAGGGGAUUGGUGGACACGACCUGUAUCUUGGCGGGGCAACCCUGAAACUGAACCGGUUGUUGCAGCCAUGGCGGUUCAGCUUCCCAUCUCCCUCUAGAAACAGACCUGAGCCUCUAAAAAGGAAUUUUCUUUAUAAUUCCAUUCCACAAAAAGCAAAGUUUUAAUGAAACACUUCUCUGAUGUUAUGUGCUGAGGUCAUUUCCCGAUUGAUGAUAGUCAACUGUCAACCCCAAACUCUUUUUGGACUAAGGCUUGGAUGUUAUGUUGUUGUUGUGUUCUAUAAAGGAUAAAGGAUAAAGGAUGACGGGAAUUCAUUUUAUUGGGCUUGAGAUUAUCCUCUUCAUAUAUUCAUAAAUCAUAACCACUCAAUUCAUAGUUUAUGCAGCUGUAAUACCAUGUGUGCACGUAAUCAAGAGCAUAUCUUAUGCUCUUAUGAGAUGCUUUGUGCUGUUAUAAGGGGCAGUGAUGAUAUUUAGCACGACCUGUUUAUUUUGGGAGAAUGGAUUGGGCAUGGAUAAUAUAUGGCCCGCAUCUUGGCGGGGCAAUACUCAAUCUCAUGAGAAUUUGAUAUUUGCAGCCAUGGCGGCAUAUUGAUUUUCUUUUGGCUAAUCUUAAACCACGUAUCUGAGCCUCUAUUCUUAAACCAGAUUUGCAUUCAUUCCCUCUUUCAGAAUCCCAAAGUUAAUUACGUGCUGUUAUUCAUCCAUUCAUUCUUUCUUUCUUUAAACUACCCUGUCUUAAUCUCAUACCAUAAGAAUCUACACUUCGAUUGGCUUGUGGCUUAAUGUGAACUCUAAAGGAGGUAAAUGAGUUUUGUGGGUGGUUGCUCCCUCUUUUUGUUGUACUCUUAAGACCCGAUGAUUAUCCCCAAAAACUGUGAUUAAUGAUCAGCUCAACAACCCUUUAGAAUGAUGAUACAAUGAAACAAGACUUAAUUGUUGCUUGAUAGUAUCUGACAAGGGUGCAGCAAAUGUUCAAAUAAUUGGAGUUGAUCUCAAGUCCAAACGUAUAAUGUUACUUGGACCUCAUAGGUUAGGCGGCCCAAUAUUAUUCUUUCUAGAGGGCUGUUGGUUAUUGGUUUGGAAAAUGGAGAGAUAGAUGACUAGCAGGUGGAUAGCUUAUUUCAAAGAACAGUGUACAAAGGUCAGUUUUUUGUUUUCGUUAGGGUGGUUGUCCUCUCUAGGCUAGCCAAUAAUAUCCUCUACUUUUCAAUAACAGAAGGUAACCAACAUCCCUCAAUUACAUACAGGCUGUGAUGAUUCUAGGCUCUACAUUUGCAGAUGAUUUCUCUGUUUUCCUUACCGAACAGCCCUUUCAUCAUCUUUCUCGCAAGAAAGAAAAUGCAAUAACCUCAGUUGUAACUGAAGGUUAUUGUUGCUGUUAUUAUUAUCAGUACUCCGGAUUAUUCAUUUACAGUUUCUUACUUGACCUUUUCCCUUCAUCCUGCUUAUUGAUAGAACAGUGAAGAGGCUGUGAUGAUACGGUUUUCUGUGUUUCCUCUUUCUAGGUCUACUAAUUUUGAGGGAUCUGGAGGACACAGCCCGUAUCUUGGCGGCACAACCCGGAAAUGGAACCGGUUGUUGCAGUCAUGGCGGUUCGGGCUUCCCAUAUCCUUCUAGAAACACAUACCUGAGCCUCUAAAAAGGAUUUUUCUUCAAAGUUCCAUUCCACAAAAAGCAAAGUUCUAUAAUAAGUCAGGAGUUGUCUCUUUCAGCAUUAUAUGUUUUUGAACCCAUGACCUCUCAGUUACAUUUCUUUUAUACAUCGAAAAGGAUCCUCUCAGUUACAACUUACAAUGCAACAACUCAUAAGGAAAUUCGGAGUAUGUUUUAUUUUCUUCAACAGUUUCUUCGCAAAUUUCGUGUUUAUUUCCCUCCCUAUUUCUUGGCCAAUCAUUUUUUGGCAUUCGAAGAAGAAAUAUACCCAUUUAUGAAAUACUUCUUUGAUGUCAUAUGUUGAUUCAUGUUGGUCAACCCCGUGCUGUCAUAUGUUGAUUCAUGUUGGUCAACCCCGACCUCUUUUUGGACUAAGGCUUGGAUGUUAUGUUUUAUUCUUUAGAGGAUAAGGGUAUUUCAUUUUAUUGGGCUUGAGAUUAUCCUCUUCAUAUAUUCAUAAGCACUCAAUUCAUAGUUUGUGCUCCAGUAAUGCCAUGUGAGCAUGCAAUCAAGUGUAUGUUUCCUAUAUAUUCACUUAUGCUCAUAUGAGAUGCCUUCGGUGCUGGCAUAAGGGGCAGUGAUGAUACUUGGCAGUUAGCACUACUCAUUUAUUUUGGGACAAUCGUUUGGGCAUGGAUAAUGUGUGAUCCGUAUCUUGGCAGGACAACAAUCAAUCUCAUGAGCAUUUGAUGUUUGCAGCCACGGCGGCAUAUUAAUUUUCUUUUGGCAAACUGCCUUUCUGAGUCUCUAUUCUGUAAACCAAAUGUGGAUUGGUUAUGUCUUUGAAAAAUCCCAGAAGUUAACUGUUUGCAGUUAUUCAUCCAUCCAUUCAUUCAUUCACUUUUUCAAACUGCUCUUUAUUAAUCUCUUACCAAAAGAAUCUACACUUGGAUUGGCUUAAUGUGAACUCUUGAAGAUGUAAAUGAGUUUUUUGGGUAGUUGCUCCAUUUUGUUGUUCUUUUCAAUCCCAAUGAUUCUCCCCAAAAACUACGACUAAUGAGCAGCUCAACAACCCUUUAGAGUGACGAUAUAUUGAAACAAGGCUUAGUUUUGCUUGAUAAUAUCUGACAAGCGUGUAGCAAAUGUUAAAAAAAUGAAGUUGAUCUCAAGUCCAAAUGUAUAAUGUUACUUGGACCUCGUAGGUUAGCAGGCCCAAUAUUAUUCUAGAGGGUGUUGGUUAUUGUUUUGGAAAAUGGAUGGAUAGAUGACUAACAGUGGACAGCCCAUUUCAAAGAAUGAGUGUACAAAGAUGAGUUUUGUGUUUUUUGUUAGGGUGGUUGUCCUUCCUCUGCUGGCCAAUAAUAUCCUCCACUUUUCAGUAUAAGGGCAGUGCAAUCGGGAAUGGCUCGAUUAUUGCAGCCAUGGUGGCUUGGACUUUAUAUUGCUUGCUGGAGACAGAUCUGAGCCUUUAUAAAAGAGUUACCUCUACCAAACAGGCUCAUAAGAAUCUACAUCUUGAUUUGUAUUUGAGCUUUGUGAAUGGAUAACACAAUAUGUGAUCAGGUUUCCUCUAUUUGUUAUUAGGAACAUUCUAUCCUGACUUGUAUCUUGUAGGACAACACUCAUGUAUCAUGGGAGUAUUGCCCUGAUGGUGUCUGAACUCUCAAACUUCUUUGCCUUAUCACAACCUGAUAUUCUGUACCUAUGCUAGGGGAAUGAUACUCAUGGAUCAAGAAUUGAACAAUGUAAAGUGCAUUUGAUGUUCGCGCCUAUGGUGAUCUCACAGUCCUAGCCUCUGAUUUCGGGGAAAAAUGUGCUGCAGAUCUGUAAUUCUUUGUUUUUUGAAAAUCUGUGCUCGGCAAUUACUUGUGGAUUAUUUAUUCUAUCAUGCAUUCAUAAUUUCGAAUGACUAUAUAAGCAUCAACUCCUUGCCAGAUUCAUUACUUGGAUGGGUUUGAUGUGAUCUCUUAAAUUUCAAAGUGUAAGUUGUCUGUAUGUAACAAUUCAUAUGUAAAAAUAAUUUUGCUCUAGGACAAACUUGAGGUUCAGCGUGUGAAUCUCAACUGUACUAAAUGAUCUCUUGUCACUCAGUUUUUCAAAUAUAGUUUCUAUAUGAAUCUCAAAUCUCAAUCCCUUCAUUAGAAUUA